GUUCCGUUAUUUGUAUCGAUCAUUAAAUUGAUAACCAAAUAAUUACUUUUGGAAUAAUAAUUAUACGACCAGAAUAUGUGAAAGAACUCAUUUAUUAACCAACUGCAAAAACAUUAAGUCUUUUGUAAAAAAACAAAGACUCGAACAACAAGUAUGGAAACGUAUCAAUGUAUUUUCUAAAAAAGUUGAUGUGACGUAUUGAUAAAGGUAACGUUGACGUCAUGGCGAAUAUAACUGAAAACAGCAGCGAUGACCCUUGGUACAAGGAUCUGACGAACCCGGAACUUGGUGUGGUCGACGGUGUGUCCAAUGCAGCGUUCUUCGGCGGUAUCCUAGGUGGGCUCCUGGCGAUCGUCGCUAUUGGGGGACUGAUUUACCAUUGUAAACGGAAGAAAGAGUUAGAGAAGCAGGUGCGCGAAAACGAGGAGAAAGAGCGAGCGCGCGCAAAUAACAAGGUGGCGCCCACCGGGGACAUCUACGACGAAAUGGAGGAGGAAAUAGCGCGCCACGAAGAACAAAAGAAGAAGUUGUCGAAAUACCUGGCGUUCCUCACGCAGAAAGAUGGUCGCGGGCUUCACGAGGUUAAUCAGAAGCGUCAGGCGGCGCAGCACGCGAGGAAGAACAAGGGCUGGUUCUGAUACUGUGCCUCCGCGACUACAAAUUAUCUCGAUUUCAAACGUUAUUUCAACUUAAAAUUGAUUGUAUACCAAUAAUAAUCUUUGAUACAUUUAAGACCAAUGAGAAUGAUUGUUACAAAUUAGACCAAUUAAAAUGGUUGUUGCAUUUUAGACCAAUAAGAAUGAUUGUUUUAUUUGUUACC